GGAAUUUAAUGGUGAAAAAGAAAGUCAAUCAGACGCUGAGUCCCGCCUUCUGAGAUUGGCCGGUAACCUAGCAACGCAGUCACCUCGGUGGUUACCACGGAUAGAAAAACCUGAAGCCCUCGGACCAGGGUUGCCAGAGACAAUAAAAGCAGGAAGCCCAGAUAGUCUACCAAAGUCUCAAUCUCUCAGGGCGUACAAAGGCGAAGAAGACCGCUCAUAAAAUGGCUUUGGACAUCCUUGCCGUGGGCCCUCUCUACGAAGACCCUGACGUCAACAGAGUAAGGCUGAUAGCACAGACAACCAAAAACUCCACCGCCCCGCCAAAACGCUUGCCUCCUAUCAAGACCAAACUCACCACCAUCGAGACCAAGAGGAUCAUGUCCGUCCUGGACGAGACCAUUCACAAGGUGGAGUUGGUGACCCUGCUGUCAUACGUGGCAUCCAGUUCCAAGAAUUCGGAGGGGAUGCUGGGGGAGGACAUCAUGAAAGCAGUGAGAGAGCACCAGGACCUUUGCCAGAUCCUCGUGGAUCGUGUCAGUUACCUGCAGGAGGAAGAAAGGCAGUUGCAGGAGGAAGAAGAGUUCGAGGAUGAACCGUCGUUCCGAGACCGUGUCCUCUCCAUAGAGGUGCAGAAAUCCCACCUCCCACCCCUUAUGCAGCAGAUCAAAGGAUCCACCAAGAACAUCGUGAGACUCCUGCUCAGUAGCCCCCAGGCUGCCAGGCUGUUGCAGGUGCAGACCCUGGGCAGAAGUGUGGAAGCCCAGAGUUUUAUUGAUAGCCUGGUAGAACUCCGAGGUUUCCUGUUUGAGAAGCUACUCACUAGUCCCAUGGAAGCCAGAGACAAGACUCAGUUCAUCCAGGACAUCACCAGACGGAAUCAGAGGAACCAAGAAAUCAUCGAUACUCUGGAAAAUGAAUUGGCAGCCUGCGUGAGGAACAGGGAUGCAGAGGUGGAGAAGGAGAACGUCGUGAUCCAAGAACUGAAAAACCACCUGCACCAGCUGCCCAAGCUCUCAGAGAACAGCCUCCUUCGCACCAAGAAGGAGGCCAAGAAGCAGCAGAAGGCGGACUUCCGGGCCUCACAGGCCCGGGUGGCCAAGACCCAGCAGGAGAUCCUGCUGCUGCAGGCGCAGUUCAACAGCCUGGUCAUGGAGAACUGGGAGGCAGAGCAGGCGCUGAGGAAGAAAAAAUAUAAAGUGGAAACGGAAAUUGAGAACUGGAUCCAGAAAUACGAUUUGGAGAUGAGUGAAAAGCAGGAUGAGUACGAGGAGUUGGAUAUCAUCCACAAGGAGGAGAAGCUGCAGCUGGAGGAGCUGAAGAGACGGCAUGACGUGCUGGUGGAAGAGUUCUCCCAGAUCCAGGCCGAGCAGGAGAUCAACACCAAGAAGAGGCUGGAAGCCGAGCAGGAGAUGGUGCACAUGGUGCGGGCUGCCAUGCUCAUCCAGGCCCUGUGGAGGGGCUACCUGGUCCGCUCCAUGCUCAGGUCCAAGAAGAGGAAGUGGAGCAAGAGCAGAGGGAAGAAGGACAAGGGCAAGGGCGAGGGCAAGGGCAAGGGCAAGGGCAAGAAAUGAGUCCCUCCCCCCAGCCUGCCCAGACCCCUGCCCUCACCAAGAUCUUACCUCUCACUCAAGAGCCGGCCUGGAAGCCCCUGGGAUGUGGAGCCCUGCGAUUCAUGGCCUUAACACUUUUUCAAAAUUAAAAACACUUUUAAACCACAGCCUACAAAUAAACUUCACUUUACCCAGGGCCAUUGGGUGCGUGUCCAUGCUGCAGGUGCCGUUUCCACGAGGGGAACACACAGGCUGGGUGUCAGCACGUAACCAUUCCUUCCUUUAGCCUCGCUGGGAAGCUGGACCUUGGGCUGCAUCUCCCUCGGUCCCAGCCCAGAAGCUGCCAUGAGUGCGAUGGACACAUCACCCACCAGGACAGCUGGGUGUGGGUCACAGCUGCCCACAGGGGAGGGCGGGGCAGGCAGAGAACUCCAGGAGGAAGAGGGAGGGUUUCAGGCUGCACUCUGCCCCUGCUCUGGAUAUCAAUUUGCCCACAACCUCUCCCUGGUUUAGCACCGUGAAAGCUCAGGGGUCCUGAGGUCAUAAACCAGCAACCUCACAU